AUGGCAAGCACAAAGUAUGAGCCUUUUGCCUCGGUCCUGGUCACCGGCGGCUGCGGUUUCGUGGGCCACCAUGCCAUCGCCGGCCUGAUCAAAGCACAGCCUGAGUGUGCCAUCACCGCCAUUGACAUUGACAUUUCCAACACCUUGCCCGGUGCUUCGUACCACCGCGUCGACAUCACCGACUCCAAGGUGCUGCAUAGCUUCAUUCGCUCGCUCAAUCCUCCCCCGCAAGUCAUCAUUCACGCUGCUUGCGCGCCAAUUCUCGCUCGUGACCACAGCAUCCUGUGGGGCGUCAAUGUCGACGGCACACGUAACCUGCUCGACGCCGCGCGAGACGUAGGCACCGUCAAAGCCUUCGUGCAUUGCUCCUCGUCAUCCGUGGUGCACGACAACCGCACCCAUCUCAUCGAGGCCGACGAGAACCUUCCAGUACUGCAGCCUCCGGCCCAAAAGCGUGUAUACACUGUCACCAAAGCUGUCGCGGAGAAAGAUGUGCUCGCCGCCAAUCGGAGUAGCGCAUCGAAGGACGGAAGCACCAUGCUCACCGUCGCGAUCCGACCGUGCACGCUCUUCGGACCCGGCAACGACCUCUUCAUCAGCAAGAUCAUCAAUGUUGUCGAAACGGGUCGCGCGCGCCUCCAGCUGGGCGAAGGCACCAACCAGUGGGACUUCUGCUACAUCGACAACCUCAUUCACGGGCUAUUUCUGGCCGCAUCGGCGCUGCUGCGCGCGGCCAAUGAACCGCCGUUGCCGGCCGACCGUCGAGUUGAGGGCGAGCCCAUCAACAUCACCAACCUCGGACGCCUGCCGUUUUGGGGGUUCACGCUCGCUGUUGCAGACGCUCUGGGAAAGCCGGUUCCCAAGAAAGAUAUCGUCAAGAUCCCGCUGUGGGUUGGCCUGAUCAUGGGAUUUGUGGCGGAGUGGGGCGUAUGGCUGUUCUCCCUGGACAAGAAGGAGGCCGGCAUGAGCGUCGAGACUGUUGGAUAUACUUACUUGAUUAGGACUUUGAAGUGUGACAAGGCGCGCGAGAGGCUGGGUUAUGCCCCACUCGUGGAACUCCACGAGGGCAUUCGAAGAACAAUAGAAGAGUACAAGAAACAGCAGGGUAAAAAAGAAAAAUAA